UCUAACUGACUCAGAGUUAAGGGGAUUGGAAUCGCCUUCUAAAUUUUCUUUUUUAGCUAGAGGUUCUCUUUCUAAAACUUUCUCUCACAUCUUUUUGCGUCUAGCCGUCUACGUUGUAUUUUACAACGAGUACAUGAUUCAUCCUUUAUUGACUGCAUCACACUUCACAACUCAUUAAAAAUCCAGCCAUAUAAUGGAAGGCCACUAAGGAAAUUCUUGUGACUUGUGAGUUAUACCUCAUGGCUUUGAUAAACCACUUACACUCCCAGACACCUACUUACAGUUUGCCUGCUUCUUCUUCUUCGACCCAUCUUUUAGGGAAUGUGAAUCAUCUUCGGAAGCUUUUACCCAAUAAUGUCAAAACGCAAUUCAGCCCUUGUUUCAGAGCUUCUUGGCAAGAGCUGGUGGGAGUGCUGGUUUUCUCAGCAAUUCCGUUCUCGGCUGUUAAAGCCAUAGCCAACAGCCCUCUCGGCGAAAAGCUUCAGCGACGUCUUCAGGACCAAAAAUCGGCUGCUGUAGAAGAUUCUAUGCAACGCAACAACUUAGCCCAGAUGGCACGAUAUUCCAGUCGUUGGUAUGGAGGAGAUCGUCCUCGAUGGCUCGGUCCAAUACCUUUCAAUUACCCGUCAUAUCUAAGAGGACAACUACCAGGAGACUAUGGCUUUGAUCUGGCAGGGCUAGGGAAGGAUCCUGAUGCUUUACAGAAAUAUUACAACUAUGAAAUACUUCAUGCUCGCUGGGCUAUGCUUGGAGCUCUUGGUGCUCUGGUUCCAGAAAUAUUAGACCUCAGUGAAACUUCUCACUUUCCUGAACCUGUCUGGUGGAGAGUUGGUUACUCAAAACUUAAGGCAAAGACACUUGACUAUCUUGGCAUUCCAGGACUCCAUUUAGCAGGCAGCCAAGGAAUAAUUGUAAUAGCCAUAUGCCAAGUCCUUCUCAUGGUCGGACCAGAGUAUGCAAGAUAUUGUGGAAUUGAGGCUUUGGAACCCCUGGGGAUUUUCUUACCUGGUGAUAUUAAUUAUCCAGGAGGAGUUCUUUUUGACCCAUUAAAUCUAAGUAAAGAUCCUGUUGCUUUUGAGGACCUCAAAGUGAGGGAGAUGAAAAAUGGGCGCUUAGCAAUGGUUGCUUGGUUAGGCUUCUUUGUUCAAGCUGCACUGACUGGUAAAGGGCCCAUAGAAAAUCUCGUUGAUCACAUCUCUGAUCCAUUGCAGAAUAACCUGCUGUCUCUGAUGAUGUAAUUGUUCUCUUUUGAUCAUAUCCUAUCUUUCAACUACCUCUAACCUUUGUAUGUACUUGUAAAGUUGUAAAUCACAUCCUUCCCGGCUCAAUUCUCAAGUCAAUAGAAGCAGCCCCUGUAUGUAAAUGGAAACCAUUGUUAGUGCGUCUUUUGCUUUUGUAUCUCUUGAAACUCAUUUCAUUUAGGUGGAUCACAUUGUCUCCUGCUUGAAUUCAUGUUAUAAAGUUCAAUGUAUAUUUGAAAUGUAUUCCGAUUUUCACGCUCAAAAGAACAAAGGAGGAUUAAUUUCCUUUUGCAGAUGAACUGCUAUAUAGGUUCAACUGCAUUCUUGAUUUGGACA